AUGGAUCCAAAGAAGCCUUGUUUCCCAGGCCUCCCUGGUACAACCCGCAUUCCUUGGCUGCAGCAGCAAGCAUGGGGUCGAGGACUGCGGUCAGAUGAACCAGCAAUAGGACGAGCCAGAGGUCUUAUGUUUGCAGCAGAUGGGUCUGCUGGCUUAGGACGAGCCAGGGGUUUCACCACCGCUGGUGAUACACUGCUUAUGCAGUACGGGAGAGGAGUGCCCUUCCCAGUGAGCGAUCCCUCCAUUGGCUUUGCCAGGGGGAUACCCAUGCCUACAUCAGAAGAUGGUGGGAUUAGCCGCACUAGAGGGUGGCUUCUCUCGACAGCUGAUCCGACCGUAGGUGUGGCAAGAGGGGAACCCCUUCUUGGUUUGGGGCCUCACCCUGGACAAGCCACUCCAGGUCAGCUCGCAACGCAAGACUUGCCUGAAGAGAUGCCAAGUCUGCAGGCAGAAGAGGAAGUAGUAGCCAAACAGGUGGACAUGCCCACCCAAGGCCAGGGGUCGUCGCUGGUGUCCAUGUUCAGAGGCAUGGGGAUCGAUCCCUCAAAGACCUGGGGCAGGGGAGGGCUGCCAGUGGGGAGGGGUGCUUUUGGAGCAGAGCUCCAACCACAGAUAGCCCCUGUUGGAGCAGUCGCCGGUCCGGGUGGAGACAGAUUCCCUGAGGACAUGAUGGGCCAAGGUAACAGCUUCCUUGGCCGAGGUGUACCAUCUCAGAUGGUGGGAAUGGGACGAGCAUCGAUGCCCCCCUUGGGUACUGGGAGGGGACCCACUGUGCCCCCUACUCUCCCUCCAUCCCCACCCAAAGAGGCUCAUAUGACUCCAGGUUGCUCUCAGACUAAGGGAGAACUUAAGAUGGAGGCCACCUGUGAAACAUUACACAAGACUGGUACCAAAGGAACGCCAUUGCCCAUAGGCUCAAACCACAUCACCAUUCACUGCAGGAAUGAGGCAGUCUAUCAGUACCAUGUCACUUUCACUCCUAAUGUGGAGUCGAUGGGUAUGCGAUUUGGCAUGAUGAAGGACCAUCGCCCCACCACUGGGGAGGUUGUUGCUUUUGACGGCUCAAUUCUCUAUCUCCCUGUGAAGAUGGAAGAGGUGGUUUACCUAAAGAGUGUGAGACGAACUGACAACCAGGAGGUUGACAUCAAGGUCCAGAUGACUAAGAUCCUACCACCCAACUCUGACCUGUGUAUCCCCUUCUACAACGUGGUGCUGAGAAGGGUAAUGAAGAUCCUGGGACUGAAGCUUGUGGGGCGGAAUCAUUACGAUCCAAAAAGCGCAGUCGUACUUGGGAAGCAUCGGUUGCAGGUGUGGCCAGGUUACUCAACGUGCAUAAAGCACACUGAUGGAGGCCUCUACCUCCAGGUGGAUGUGUCCCACAAAGUGCUGCGAAAUGACUCUGUCCUCGACUGCAUGAACGUGAUCUACCAGCAAAGCAGGGAGAGCUUCCAGGAUGAGUGCACCAAAGAGCUGAUCGGCAGCAUUGUCAUCACCCGAUACAACAACCGCACCUACCGCAUCGACGACAUUGAGUGGGGCAAGUCCCCCAAAGACACCUUCACCAUGGCCGACGGCUCCACGACCACUUUCGUUGAGUACUACAGCAAAAACUAUGGCAUCACCAUAAAAGAGAUGGACCAACCCAUGCUUAUCCAUCGACCCAAAGAGAGGUCCAAGCCUGGGGGAAAGCAAGUCAUAACCGGCGAGAUCUUGCUUCUGCCAGAGCUCUCCUUUAUGACUGGAAUCCCUGACAAAAUGAGAAAGGACUUCCGCGCCAUGAAGGACUUGACGAUGCACAUCAAUGUGAGUAGUGAGCAGCACACUCACUCCCUGAAGCAGCUCCUGAAGAACAUCAACACCAACCCAGAGGCCCAGACAGAACUGUCACGCUGGGGGCUGGAGAUCAGUCAAGACAUCCUGGUGACUACAGGAAGAAUUCUGCCUCUGGAGACCAUCUGUCUGCAGUCAGUGUCCUUUGUCACCGGAGCUGAUGUCAGCUGGUCCAGGGAGGUUAUCAGGGAUGCUUCUAUCAGUUGUAUCCCCAUGAACUGCUGGGCCAUUUUCUACCCGCGGCGCUGUGCUGAGCAGGCCGAGGAGCUAGUGUCCUGCUUUGGGAAGGUGGCCGGACCUAUGGGCCUGAGGCUGGAUCGGCCCAUCCGCGUGGAGCUGAAGGACGACCGCACCGAGACCUACGUCAAGAGCAUCCACUCCCAGCUCACUAGUGAGCCCAACGUGCAGUUGGUAGUGUGCAUCAUGACAGGCAACAGAGACGACCUUUACAGUGCCAUCAAGAAGCUGUGCUGCGUCCAGAGUCCCGUGCCCUCUCAGGCCAUUAACGUCCGGACCAUCUCCCAACCACAAAAGCUGAGGAGCGUAGCCCAGAAAAUCCUGCUGCAGAUGAACUGCAAACUGGGAGGAGAGCUGUGGACUGUGAACGUCCCUCUGAAACAUCUGAUGGUGAUUGGAGUGGACGUCCAUCACGACACCAGCAAGAAGAACAGAUCAGUCAUGGGCUUUGUCGCCAGCCUGAAUAGCCUGCUGACUAGGUGGUACUCCAGAGUGACCUUCCAGAUGCCCAACGAGGAGAUCAUCAACGGGUUCAGAGUGUGUCUGCUGGCUGCACUGCAGAAAUACUAUGAGGUGAACCAUAACUUCCCGGAGAAGAUUGUGGUAUAUCGGGACGGAGUGUCUGACGGCCAGCUGAAGACUGUGGAGCUGUAUGAGAUCCCUCAGCUGCUCAAGUGUUUUGAGACGUUCCCUAACUACGAGCCCAAGCUGGCCUUCAUCGUGGUACAGAAACGUGUCAGCACCAACCUGUACUCCUGCUCCGGAGACCGCUUUGGAACGCCUCCGCCAGGAACUGUCCUGGACCACACAAUCACCAACAGGGAAUGGGUUGACUUCUACUUGAUGGCGCACCACAUUCGACAGGGCUGUGGCCUGCCUACACACUACAUCUCAGUCUACAACACAGCAAACCUCUCCCCAGACCACUUGCAAAGGCUGACCUUCAAAAUGUGCCACCUGUACUGGAAUUGGCCCGGGACUAUCCGAGUGCCUGCGCCGUGCAAGUAUGCCCACAAACUGGCCUUCCUGUCGGGCCAGUACCUCCACUCAGAGCCAGCUAUCCAGCUGGCAGACAAGCUGUACUUCCUCUGA